AUCGCUCAGUUAUUAUAAUAUAUUGGUGCGUAAAGAUAUGGCAUUCCUAUCCUUGAGUAUUGAGGAAGUUAACAGUUUGGUUAGCGAGCAUUUCAUCAAGAUUUUCGGCAAUGUUGUGGAACAUUGUCCUGCUGCGGCCAUAGGUAUUUUGAAGUACAGACCCUUUAAUUCUACCGUGGAUAUCUGUAAGGCCAUCGUCAGUUAUCUCGAUGGUCUGAGCACAAAUGAAAAACAAAAUAUCUUAUGUUUCCACCAAGAUUUUGUAUCACAAUUGCUAAACCUGGGCAGACUUCAGUUGGAAAGAACUCCUAAGAAGCGAAAUCAAACAAUAUCUUUGGAUAUGUUACCAAUAUCUGAGAAGAGAAGACUGAACUUACUCAAUGAAAGAUACAAAGAAAAAUUUGGAUUUCCCUUCGUGAUAUUUGGAAAAAAACACAUUGAUCUGAUUUUCAACGAAAUGGAGAAGAGAAUUGAAAAUAGUCCGGAAAGAGAGAUAGAACUUGCAAUACAGGAGGUGAAAAAAAUAAGCAGAAUCAGAGUACAUGAGCUCAUCAAAAAUUGAAACUUUUGAUUCAUUCCAAAUAAAGAUUAUAUUUGAACUUAAUCGUAUGAAAUGAUCAUUUUGUAUCUGGCUGUCGAACAUUGUUUCCUUCAGUAAUGGAUAAAUUGCAGAGCAUUGAUUUUCUAAUAUUUAGAAUUGUGAUAAGAAUGUAUAUUUUGUAAAUAAAGGUCUUUUUAUGUUUGUAAA